UGUUUUGACUUUCAAUUCAAAUUGUAUGGGUUACCAAAUUUUCAAAAAUCACAAAAAAAAAUACAAAAAAACAACAACAAAAUUCCAAAAGUAGGAAAAGACAUGGCGUGGUGUUUCCGCAACAUUCGGCGCCACAUGUGCAUGCUGAUGCGCCAGAACUUCGCCAAAAGCUGCGAGAAGAAGCUGAACGACCAGAUUAACUUGGAGCUGAAGGCCUGUCAUCAGUACUUGGCCAUGGCCUACCAUUUCGAUCGAUCCGACAUCAGUUCACCCGGAUUGCACGGAUUCUUCCUGAAGGCGAGCGCCGAGGAGCGGGAGCACGCGGAGAAGAUCAUGACGUACGUGAACAAGCGUGGAGGUCUCAUCGUUUUGAGCAGUGUACCCGAGCCACUGCCCUGUUUUGCCAGCAGUUUGGCGGCACUGAAGUACGCCCUGAAAAUGGAACUGGAGGUCAAUCGGCAUCUGCUCGAUUUGCAUGCGCUGGCUGGCAAGGAAUCGGAUCCGAAUCUCUGCGAUUUCAUCGAGGCCAACUUUCUGCAGGAGCAAGUGGAUGGCCAGAAGAUCCUGGCCGACUAUAUCAGCCAAUUGGAGAGGGCCCAAAACGAUGUGGGCGCCUACCUGUUCGACAAGUAUAUGGCUGGUGGCAUGCAUCCUGCGAAAUGAAAGCCAUCAAAUGAUGAAGAAUACGUAUUACUUAUAACUUGAUGCCCCAUGUGUGUUGAGUAAAGAUUCGUUGAAACCCAAAA